GUUUUACUUGUACUACUCUCACCAUGGAGUACACCUCUUCCCCGAAGCCACAGCUCUCCUCCAGGGCAAACGCGUUCUCGAUAGCCGCUAUCAUGUCAAGUGGAAAAACGAAGGACAAGGAAACCGAUGAAAACACCAUCAAGCCACUUGAACAAUUCGUGGAGAAGUCCUCCUGUAACCAAGGUUUGGGAGAGCUGUCUUCUCUAGAUGGGCACGGAGAUUUCAGCGGGAGCGCGCCUCCAGUGUGCACAGAGCCGCUGAUCCCCACCACUCCCAGUGUUCCCAGCGAGGAGAUGGCCAAAAUCUCCUGCAGUUUAGAGACCAAAGAACUCUGGGACAAAUUCCAUGAUCUCGGCACCGAGAUGAUCAUCACAAAAUCCGGAAGAAGAAUGUUCCCCACCAUCCGUGUGUCCUUCUCGGGGGUGGACCCGGACGCCAAAUACAUCGUGCUGAUGGACAUUGUUCCGGUCGACAACAAACGCUACCGAUACGCCUACCACAGGUCGUCCUGGCUCGUGGCGGGCAAGGCGGACCCCCCUCUGCCUGCACGGUUAUACGUGCACCCUGACUCUCCUUUCACUGGGGAACAGCUGCUCAAACAAAUGGUGUCUUUCGAGAAAGUAAAGCUCACCAACAACGAACUGGACCAACAUGGACACAUCAUACUAAACUCCAUGCAUAAGUACCAGCCCCGGGUCCACAUCAUCAAGAAGAAGGACCACACCGCCUCCCUUCUCAACCUCAAGUCAGAGGAGUUCCGCACCUUCGUUUUCACCGAGACUGUCUUUACCGCGGUCACAGCCUACCAGAACCAGCUGAUAACCAAGCUGAAGAUCGACAGCAACCCGUUUGCGAAAGGCUUCCGAGACUCCUCCCGACUGACGGACAUGGAGAGGGAAAGUGUUGAGAGUUUGAUCCACAAGCACUCGUACGCACGGUCGCCAAUACGCACCUACGCAGGUGAGGAGGAGACCCUGGGGGAUGACGGCCACGCCGCACACAGGGGUUCUGCGUUCACCGCCUCUGACAACCUCUCUCUGAGCUCCUGGGUCACUGCCACCUCUGGUUUCUCAGGCUUCCAGCACCCCCAGUCCCUCUCUGCCAUGGGCUCCAGCAGCGCCUCCCUGGCCACCCCCUUGCCCCACCCCAUGCAGGGCUCCCUGCCACCUUACAGCCGGCUGGGCAUGCCCCUGACACACUCGACCCUGGCGGGCACCAUGCAGGGCGGCGGGCCCUCCUUCCCCUCCUUCCAUAUGCCCCGCUACCACCACUACUUCCAGCAAGGCCCCUACGCUGCCAUCCAGGGACUGCGCCACUCCUCCACCGUCAUGACCCCCUUUGUAUGA